AUUAAGCAAUCUCUUCUCACUGGACGCAUUCACUGAAAUUCCCAAAGUUUGGAUCUUUGGAUUUACUGUUUGUAACGAGGAGAUGGAUCGUGUCAGCAAUCUACCAGAGGAGCUCCACGACGUGGUCUCGAUAGAGAGAGUUGGACAUUGGCAGAGUUCAGCACAAUCUGGGGGUUGGUCCCAGACCCAGAUGGAUGAGAUGUACUCUGAGUUCGCUCCCCGCAAUAAAGAGCGUAUCUACGAUAUGGUCUUCAUCAUGCAUGGAGCUUCUUCCCCGGUACCUUCUCCUCUGCCACAAGAGAUGUCUCAGGACUACCUUCAGAUGCAACUUGAAGUUGCGGAUCUUAAGGAGAGGCAACGGGACAAAGAAGCUCAGCUUGCGGAUCUUAAGGAGAGGCUACGGGCUAUGUUGGAUAUGAUUGUCGACCAGAACCCAAUGAUAGCAUCAGCUUUGAUGGCUCGACAAGCAACUGAAUCAGAGCGAGCAAAGGCGUCGAGUGGUGAGCAGAUGACCGAGAAUAAGCGGGACUAUGAUGCUCUGUUAGAUAUCAUUGCUGAGCAGAACCCAAUGCUAGCAUCGGCACUAAGGGCUCUGCGUGCAACCGACACAGAGCGAGCUGAGACAUCCAGGGAUCAGGAGAUGACCGAGCUCGGCCAAGCUACGGCAGCAGAUUUUCCGCCACGAGACGGAGAAUAAAUUUGCGAUUUUUUUUUUCCCAAUUUGGUUCUGUUUGUGUUUAUUUAGUUCGAAUUCUGGUUCAACAUCCUGAAACGAAGCGGCUUGUAAAUUCUUCAUCUAAACUUGGAUCUUCAUAUCUUCGCUACUCUCUGGACUUUGCAUCUGUACACGGUAGGUGCGGAAGCUAACUGUUCUCUUCUGUUUCUGCUGCUGAUCUUAUACUCCUUCUCGAUCUGUGUGUACAAGUAAUAAAAUUAACUUACUUAA